AUGUCGACGUCUCCGUCGGCGGGCUCCUCCCCCUCCCUAGAAGCUCACACCAAACUCAUAAACUGGGUCCGCAGCCACGGCGGUUCUAUCUCCGACAGCGUGCAAAUCUCCCAAGACUCCACUCGGGGCGUGCACCUCCAAGUGAAAGCCGACUGGCCGGAACCAAUCCCCAGAGAAACACGGGUAAUCAACGCACCGGUGGGGAUAACGCUAUCCUAUUUUAAUGCCAUCGACCACCGCCACCAAUCAUCCUCCAAUGGAGUAUCGUUUUCCAGCCACGGCGUGGUCUUCCCGCGUGCAUUCAUUGACGCCGUCGGGCCCGAGGAAACCACGACCUUUUUCCUAAUGGGCCAGUUCCUGCGCGGCGAAAGCAGUUUCUGGUUUCCGUAUCUGCGCACGCUUCCCCAGCCGGGCCAGUUGACUACGCCGCUGUUUUUUGGGGAGGAGGAUGUGGAUUGGAUUCAGGGGACGGGGAUCCCGGAUGCGAGUGUACAGCGGUUUCGGCUUUGGGAGGGGCGGUUUGAUGAGUCUAUUGCGAAGCUUGAGGAAGUAGAGUUUGAAGAUGUCGACUCUUAUACUUGGUGA